AAUCCAAAUAGCAUCCUAAGAUCAACUUUUAAGUAUAUUAAUUUUUAGUUCAAAUAAUUGUAAAAGUCCAUUCAUGCACGAUGCAACUAUCAACCUUUUAAGUUGAUUAUUGGCAUCAUAUCAAUUAAAUCAUAUUCAGAUUUGAUUUUUCCUACAUAUAAUUCAAUGGGUAAACAUGCACAAUACAUACAUACAUAUGUAUAUAUAUAUAUAUAUAUCAUGACAUGUAAUAAUUAGAGGUUAGAGAUUAAAAGUUAGAAUAUAUUGAAGCUUCUAACUAUGUGUAUGUCAUCAUCAAAAAUGAAUUAUGCUCAAAUUUAACUUUUUCCACAAACUAAAUCUCUCUCUUGUUCUUAUAAAUAUUAUUCCUAAGAGGAUUCCCUUACCCAAAAUAUUGAAUUAAAAUUUUAAAAAAAAUUCUCUCUCUCUCAUAUUCAUCAAAAAAAAAAAAUCCAAAGCUAUGCAUGGUGAAAGCAAAAUGAUCAGGUGGUUGAUAUGGGGACUUCUCCUCCUCAUAAGUACCCUUUCCUCUUCAUCUUCUCCGGCAAUGGCGGGUUUCGUCGGAGUUGAAGACGGCCAUUUUCAGCUAAAUGGUUCUCCAUUUUUGUUCAAUGGCUUUAACUCUUAUUGGAUGAUGUCCGUCGCUGCUGACCCGAACCAACGCCACAAAGUAUCCCAAGUCUUUCGUGAUGCCGCCACUGCCGGCCUCACCGUCUGCCGAACCUGGGCCUUCAACGACGGUGGCUUCCAUGCCCUCCAAAUCUCUCCCGGCGUUUAUGAUGAAUCAGUUUUUCAGGGUCUUGACUUUGUGAUAUUUGAAGCAAGAAAGUAUGGAAUUAGAAUGAUUUUGAGUUUGGUGAAUAAUUUCAAAGACUAUGGCGGAAGAGCAGCGUAUGUCCGGUGGGCCGAAGCCGCCGGCGUUCAAGUUCAAAACGAAGAUGACUUCUACACUAAUCAACUUAUCAGAACAUACUACAAAAACCAUGUUCAGAAAGUAUUAAGAAGGAAGAACACAAUGAGUUGUUUGAGAUAUAUGGAUGAUCCAACCAUUAUGGGAUGGGAACUCAUGAACGAACCACGUUGUCAAGUUGAUUCCUCCGGCAACACUGUCAAUAGAUGGGUAGAGGAAAUGGGAUCAUAUGUGAAAUCAAUUGACAGACAACAUUUGGUGGGGAUUGGAAUGGAAGGAUUUUAUGGAGAUUCAAUUCCAACUAAAAUCAAAGCCAACCCAAGUAGUUACAAAGUUGGAACUGAUUUUAUCACCAAUACUCUCAACAAAGCCAUUGACUAUGCAACAAUUCAUGCAUAUCCAGAUGCUUGGCUACCAGGGAAGAGUGAAACCACCAAAAUGGCAUUCCUUGAAGAAUGGGUAGCACUCCACUGGACGGACUCAAAGACUAUCUUAAAGAAGCCAUUGAUUUUUGAAGAAUUCGGAAGGUCGAUCAGAGACCAAAACCAAACAUAUAGCGUAAGAGACAGAGAUGCAUUCUUGAGUAAGGUUUAUUCAAUUAUCUACAACCUUGCAAAAAAUGGAGCAACCAUGGCUGGAGGUCUGGUCUGGCAAGUCAUGGCUGAAGGAAUGGAGUCGUAUUAUGAUGGAUACGAGAUCGUUCUUUCCCAGAAUCCUUCAACAAAUGCCAUUAUAACACAACAGUCAAACAAGAUGGCUGCACUAAAAACUAGAACUCAACACCACCUCAGAAGUAGAUACUAAAGACUUGUUCAUACUGUAAUAAUAAGUUCGGGUUAAGUAAAAGUUGAACCACUAUAUAAUGGGUUCAGAGUAAUGGCAAAUGAUAGGUUUCCCAGUGUAUGUGCACAUACUAGGUACUUUUGUAGUCUGAGUUGAAUUAAAUCGACCCAAAAUUUUAUUGGUUUGAAAAUAAAAUUCUUUGUUUUCCUUCUGG